AUUAUUUAUCUAAGGUCAAGGUCACAAAACCAUGCUGAAGGGAAAGCAAAACUAGAACGGACCAGAUAUCAGACAAGAUGGCCUUGGAUCCAGGACAAAAAUGUCCAAUGGUUCUGUUAGCCGGGAAUUCCCACCCGGAGUUGUCACACCUUAUAGCACAGAGGCUUGGUAUAAGGUUGGGGGACAUAAAUGUGUACCACAAGACAAACAGAGAGACAAAUGCUGAAAUCAAAGAAUCAGUCAGAGGGAAGGAUGUGUACAUCAUUCAGACUGGAACUAAGGAUGUCAAUAAUGACAUCAUGGAGUUGCUUAUCAUUUCCUACGCAUGUAAAACAAGUUGUGCACACAACAUCAUUGGGGUGAUUCCCUAUCUCCCGUAUUCCAAGCAGAGCAAGAUGAGGAAGAGGGGCUCGGUCGUGUGUAAGGUCAUGGCCACCAUGUUAGGAAAGUCAGGAUUAACACACAUCAUUACCAUGGAUCUGCAUCAGAAAGAAAUUCAGGGAUUCUUUGACAUUCCAGUGGAGAAUCUGCGAGCCUCACCAUUCCUCAUAGACUAUAUCGAAAGACUGAUUCCAGAUUACAGGAAUGCGAUUAUAGUGGCCCGCAAUCCAAACUCAGUAAAGCGAGCAACCUCCUACGCUGAGAGACUGCGAUUAGGGAUUGCUGUUAUUCAUGGAGAGGAAAAAUACGACGAUGAAGACAAGGAGGAUGAUGGGAGAAACUCGCCACCACUGUGCAGAGUGGAGUACAAAAAAAUUGAAAUUCUGCCAGCUCUUCUACCAAAGGAGAAGCCACCGCUGAAUGUAGUCGGAGAUGUAGGAGGGAGGAUAGCCAUUAUAGUGGAUGACAUGAUAGAUGAUGUUGACGCGUUUGUCAAGGUGGCCGAGGUCCUGAAGGAGAGGGGGGCGUACAAAAUUUACGUCAUGGCCACCCACGGUCUUCUGUCGUCCGACGCCCCAAAGCUCUUGGAGGAGUCAUGUAUAGAUGAGAUAGUUGUAACUAACACAGUCCCACACGAGAUCCAGAAAAUGCAGUGUCACAAAAUCAAAACAGUGGACAUCAGCAUCAUGCUGAUGGAGGCAAUCAGGCGUAUCCAGAAUAACGAGUCCAUGUCCUACCUGUUCCGGAACAUCGGAAUGGACGAUUGAUCUCGGAUCCCGCUGUAUCGAGCAAACCCAUCUCAUCAGAUUGGUACUUGGUGUGUAUGAGAGGAAUGAAUGAAGAAGUCAUAGUAUCACGGAACUUAUACAGUCUUUUAGUAUCAUGUAACAUUGAAAAACAGGUAAAAAGAGCCAUCAUAUGUAUGUUGUAUGUAGCAUGUGUUGGUGUUAAGUAUUGUUAAUGUAUUAAUUAUAAAUAUUACUUUUUUACAAGAUGUCUAUAAUUUUUUCAGUU